ACUUUUUUUGGUUUGUGUCUAUUUACAUUAGGCUCAUUUGGUAAUUUAAUCGGACUGCUUUGUUAUUUGAUUUGGUUGACAAAAAUGUAGCUGAUUAUGAUUACACCAAGUUAGCCGUUAACUAAAUCUAGUUUCAGUCAGAAAAGAGAAAAUGCGUUUAUGUUUUAUGCAACAGAAUAUUACCAAUGCCUUACUAUGUGUGAAUUAUUUGUUCUCUGUUUGGGUGAAUUGUUUUAAUAAACGCAAGAUUAAAAACAACAACAACAACAACAACAUUAUUUCUCAGUUACCCACCCCUGAAUUUCCUUUUUAGCAUUGAACAUUUGGCUCUCAGGUUUGUCUUAUUUCUUGUGUUAUCAUAUUCCUCGGACCCUACCCCGAGAUCUCCAAUCCCCGCCACGCUUGGAGCGGGUGGACCAAUCAGAGAGCACCUUAGAUACAUAUUCAUGAUUCCCUGAUUCAAACGUUUGAGCGAGUUUGUGUAGAUCCGCCGCAUCACACCUAGACUUUUCACAGAGACAAACUACAUUUUCUUAUGAAUGGAAAGUGAAAAAAUCAGUUGAGCUUAAAUUGGGAUCCAUCCUUCACUGAGAUAGAAGAAAACAAAAAAGGCAGGAGAAGGGAGAUUCGCACUGAAGAUAUGACAAUGACCACAAUACCAGAGAGUCUAAACAGCCCCGUCUCAGGAAAGAGCGUUUUCAUGGAAUUUGGGCCACCAAGUCAACAAAUGUCGCCUUCAUCUAUGUCUCACGGACAUUAUUCAAUGCACUGUUUACAUUCAGCCGGUCAUCCUCAGCACGACAGCUCGUACAGUCCCGCUCCGUCUUUCCCCAGAUCGCUGGCUUAUCCAUAUGUCAACUCUGUCGGUAGCCAUUCCUCAAGUCCAUAUCUCAGUAGCGUUCAGACUUACCAAAACAGCUCGGCGUUAACGCAGACGCGGUUAGAAGACGCAGCACCAGAAACGGAGAAAAGCACGGUGGUGGAAGGGGGAGAGGUUCGCUUCAACGGGAAGGGGAAAAAGAUUCGCAAACCUCGGACUAUAUACUCCAGCCUCCAGCUGCAGGCGCUGAACCGCAGAUUUCAGCAGACGCAGUAUCUGGCGCUGCCGGAGAGAGCAGAACUGGCCGCGUCUCUGGGACUCACACAAACCCAGGUCAAGAUCUGGUUUCAGAACAAGCGAUCCAAGUUUAAGAAGCUGAUGAAGCAAGGCGGAGGAAGCAUAGACACGAGCGCACUGGCCAAUGGCCGCGGACUGAGCGCCGGUUCGCCCUCCGUAGCGCCCGUAUGGAACUCAUCCGCUAGCGUUAAAACCUCCGUCGGCACACCGAGCUCGUACAUCCCGAGCUACACCUCUUGGUAUCCCAGCACGCACCAGGACUCUAUGCAGCAGCCGCAGCUCAUGUGAAGGCAGUGCUUAGCGGACCCCGCCCCUCUUCCUUCGUGGAGGACCCGGAUGAGGGGAGCAAGCGACCCUGCCGCCCGGCUCUCCGGCCCUCAGCCCAUACAGUACAGACUGCGAUCACACACUGCGAUCACACCGGAGCACACCGCACAAGCACACCGACACACCGGCAACAACAGCCUGGAGGUCGAGACACUGAGAAAGAAGCGUCUGCGGCGGAGGAACAAGUUUUCCUCCUUUACUUUCAGAGCGGAUUUCCCAAACAGUUGGGUCAAAUGAAGCUGCUCCUGAUAUUUCCUUUUUACCUGACAUUUUACUGUGUGUAAAACAUUAUAUAAAGCUGUAACAAUUGAAAAAAAAAAGCAUUUUUCAGACUGGCAUUUUUGCCUGGAAAAUGUUACAGAUGCGUUUAUUUGGCUACCUAAAACCAACAAUCUGCCUUUUUACAGCCGUCAAUUGUUAAUAUCUACACACAGAAACAUAUCUUACAUAGACUAUAUUUUCUACAGAGAAGGGUGAAUGGGUUGUGCUGUACCAGGCUCUGAGCAUUUGGAAUAGUAUAGGGUAAAAUCAUGCGAAGAGCCUGGUUUUCCUGAUUCCAAAGAGCAAAUCUUUAUAGGAUAACUUAAGUCAUUUUGGCAGCGUGGAGCUUCUUUGUGUGUUUAUUUAAAGUAACUUAUUUAGAUUUCGUUUAUGUCCGUUUGUAUGUUUAUUUAAAAUGAAUGUUCUUUAAAAGAUAUGGCUGCGCUAAAGUGAGCAACACUUCACUUUGAUUCGAGAUUUGUUAAGCCGAGUGCUUGUCGGUCCUUUAAGAGCAUCCCCCGCGGACAUAAAGCAACAGAAGUGUUUAGAGAUCAUGUACAGAUAAAGCCAUUUUUUUUUCCAGAUUGUGCUGUUAAUGAUGUAAAAAAGGAUUUCGACCCGAGUAUGUUUAUUACAAAUUAAUGUGUUUAGCGUUCUACAUGGCAAAAUAGGUUUAUAUUGGUCAAAUUAAUUUAUUGGGGUUUUUUUUGUUUGUUUGUUUGUUUUAUGGAUUUGUGUACAAUGUGUAAACUCUGACAGUAAAAUUCACACUUUAAAAGAUA